UUGACAAGUGUAUUUUGCAAUGAUCCAGUUCGUAAAUACUACGUUUUUAAAUCAUUAUUGUAAAAUAUAAGCUUCUUAUAGCAAUAAUAACAAAUUUAAACGAAAAUGGAGGAUAUGGCAAGGCUAGCUGUGAUAGAACAAAGUGUUCGAGAUGUAGAUAAGUUUAAUAAAAUUCUGUACGAACUUCUGCAAUAUAUUAGUCAUAUUUUAGAAAAUCCUCACGAUAAUGAACUGAGAACAAUAAAGAGCGAGAUUCUAAAAGAUGUGUUAAACUGUGACGCUUUCAAAGAGUACUUGAAAUAUGUCGGAUUUAAGCCGGAGGGAACAGAAGUAAUUUAUCCGAAGGAGCAAACAUUGAACAACUUGAGGAUGGCACAAGCAUCAAUAGAGAGGAAGUUAUGUUUCUGUUACGGAGCCGUGAACAGGCAGAAGAGAGUCAAGUUUAGUCAGAAGAAGACUAGUUUAAAACCGACUAAGAUUCUGACAACAAAUAACAGUCUUCUAUUAAAAAUAGAGAGGUUGUUCAAUGAUGUCCUAGCGUAUGAGGACGAGGAUCUCCAGGAGUAUGCACGGGAAAAGAUACCGAUAGUCACACUCCAGCUUUUGGCGCUAGAGCGGGUACGGGAGAAUCAGAAGUUAAUUAAAACUGGUGAACUCAAAGGUCUGGACCUACCGUUCGACAUAGCUCUGCUGAUGGAGCUGAUGAGCUGGUUCAAGUACAAGUUCUUCAAGUGGGUGGACCAGCCUCCCUGCGAGGGGUGUGGGGGACAGACCUCCUUCAGUAACAUACUCACUGUUACCACUGAUAAGGAGACUUGUAGGAUGGAAGUGUACAACUGCGUUGCGUGUCCGGUGGGCGCGAAGUUCGUGCGGUACAACGACCCGCGCACGUUGCUGCGCACGCGCCGCGGCCGGUGCGGCGAGUGGGCCAACUGCUUCGCGCUCAUAUGUCGCGCGCUCGGGUACGACACCAGGCUCAUAUACGACACUACCGACCAUGUCUGGUGCGAGAUAUUCGACUACGACUCCAACACAUGGCUACACGCGGACCCUUGCGAGGCCAAACUGAACGCGCCCCUCCUGUACUCGCACGGGUGGGGCAAGAAACUAUGUUACGUCAUAGCAGUAUCCAGGGACGAUGUACAAGACGUUACCUGGAGGUACACCAACGACCAUAAAGCUGUGUUAUCCCGUCGCAAGGAGUGCUCGGAGCAGGAAUUGUUGUCGUGUAUACUGACCCUGCGGGAACACCGACAGAGACAAGUGUCGGAGCCGCGGAGGAGACAUCUUGCUAAACGGACGCUGCAGGAACUUGUCACGCUUAUGGUGGAGAAAAAACCAACAGACUAUGAAUCCCACGGAAGAAUAUCAGGGUCGAAGCAGUGGCGCAGUGACCGCGGCGAGCUCGGGCCGCAGUCCCCCGGACACAGCUUCGAGUUCACUGACCCCGGGCUCUGCGCCCUGCACUACCACGCCGCCACCGACUGCUACCGCGUGCUGCGCGACGGGGACGAGCUACGGACCCUGCCCAGCUGGGCUGCGGGGGUCUACGACCAUAAGAAUAUCUUCAGGAAAGUUGAACACGACUGGAAGAAAGUUUAUCUGGCUAGAGAAGAGGGCGAGGCAGUGGGGCACGUGUCGUGGCGCGUGUGCGCGGGCCCGGGGCUGCUCCUGUCGCGGCUGCGCGCGCGCGUGGCCACGCAGCUGUACUCCACCGGGACACUCACGUGGACGCUGCAGUACGACGACUUGCCGCCUGUACCUGCCGACUUCGAUAAUGACGAUAUACAGCGCGGCGUCACACUGGACCGCACGUGUCGGUCGUUAAUACUUCGCGUGGAACUCACUGGCGGGGAAGGCGAUGUCGCCUGGCAACACGCACAACUCUGCAGACAACCACUAGAUGGCGCCCCGCCUGCACUGCAAAUUAGUGCUAUAGUCAUACCAAGGACUUAGAAAAUUGGAAAAUGAAACCUUAUUGCCUUAACAGAAGAGAUACUUUUGUCUAAAGGACUUGAGUUCCAUUGUCUCACCACGAACCUAGUAAUAGUACUUUUAAAUGUAAUGCUUUGCUAAUAUCAACUUUAUUGUCUGAAUAGAUGGGGUACUUUUUGCUCUGUUAUUAUAAUUUCCAUCUUAUAAUGUGAGGGGUUUUGUCUGACACUCUCGACUGUAUUAUGGCGUACAAUAACCGAUUGUAAUCUAAAAUUGGCGUUCCAUAGUCCCUGCUUACCCCCUAGGUGACAGGCGUGAAGUUAUGUAUGUAUGUAAUCCAAAAUCUCUGGAUUUAUCUAAGUUUAGGCCCUAACCGCACUAAGACUGUCGCGGAGAACCUAACGGGUAACCAGGGCUCCGGCUCGACGUGCAGGAGAAGGAACGGGGUGGUUUUUAG